AUGGAUCGGCGCGUGAGGCCUACCAGCCACGUCCUGGAUCGGGAGAUCAAGGCGGUCGUCGGGAUGACUAUCUGGAUCGCCGUGAUGAAGACCCUGAGGUACUUCACCCACAUGACGGCGACGACCGCGGAUCACGUCGUUACGAUCGAGGUGGCCGGGGCUACCCUCGCUCUUACUACGACGAUGGCCCUCGCCGCGACGAUGCCCGACGUGGUCCUGACGAGGAUUUUCGUGAUUUUCCCCCCUCUCCAGGUGGCAGCCCAGGUCGUUAUCCUCGUCGCGAUCGUUCUACAUCGCCUCUUCGACAAGCUGAGCUGCCUCUUUCAACAAGCUGAUCUGUCGCGGUACCCGUCGGUUGAUAUUCGCGUUCCAUCCGGGCGAGGUCAGCGCCGCGCCUUUGUGCAAUUCGAGCAAGUCGACGAUGCCGUCGAGUUUGUCAAGGAGAACUAUCCUAAGCUCGUGCUAGAUUUUGCAGGUGUGGUCGACGGCGAUGCUGAUGGCAUGACUUCCAUCUACAUCCACUACGCAAGAAACCGAGAUGACAACGAACGAGACAACAAGGCUGGCUUUGCGCCGAACUGGACCUGUCCGGCCUGCGACUUUUCCAACUACUCGACUAGAAAUCGGUGCAAGAACUGCGGUGGUCCGCCGACUGAUCCAUCACAAUACCGCCAUCUCCUCACGGGUGAAAGCGACGCAGCUGAUGCACCAUCCCAAAUUUUGGUGUUCUUCCCCUUGGCUCCAUCAGUCACCGAGGACGUCCUUGCUGCGGGUGCUGCGAAGUUGGAGCUUGCGCGAAAACCGACAGCGCCGAAGAACUCUGGUGAUGGGCCGAAGCUGAAGUCUACCGCGCCUACCGGCGAUGCGUCAGGCUAUGGUGCAAAACCGGGCUCGCUGCAUCGCGUCUUUCUGAUGCGAGACCAGGAAACCAACGAGUCAUUCAAUUUCGGAUUCGCUGAGUUCUGGACCGUCGAAGACGCCCUGUCUGCGGUGCAGAAGACCAAGAUGAUGCGAGAGUACACUAUCGCGUCCAAGUCAGUAACGGUCUCGACCAUCCACUUGGGCGUUUUCGUUCCAGAGCUGCGAGAAAUCACCCGCUCUAUCGAGCACAUUUCCUUCAACCCCCUUUUCAAUCCGGGUAUCAGAGUCAAGUACUGGGAGCCGCACGUUUUCCCCAGCCAGAAGAUCAUCACAGAGGUGCCUCCUGGUGGGGUAUCAGUCAACGACAAGACAGAUGCCAGUGACGAGGCAAAGAAGAGCAAGAAGCGCAAGGCUGAUGGAAACCUGGCUGCAUCAACCGCCAAGAAGUCUGCGCCGAUGGCUGGACAGAUGGCGUUCUGGCAGAGAAGGCACGACGAAAUUCACGAAGGCAAGCGACCUGCAGACCCGGCUGCUGACAACGGCGUGGAAGAGCGCGUCCCAGUCAAGAUCUCCCUGUCUGGGGCGAAUGCGAUAUCCACAGGCCCGAUCAAGAUAUCUUUGACUGGGGCGAGUCUAUCAAACGCCACUCCUCCAACGACAUCCCCGCCAACUGAGUCUGCGACUGCGGCCCCUCCUCCUCCAGCGGUUGCUGAUCAGCCAGCAUCACCCGCAGCUACCGCAUCCUACGUCGAUCGUGAAAAGGUAUGCUGCUUACUUUGCAUGAUGAAGUACAAAUCUCUGGACGACCUCAACACGCACGAAAAGUCAAGGAACCACAAGAAUGCCAUGGAAGACGAGGACAAGGUCAAGGCUGCCAAGCCCCGACUAGCUGCCCGGGAUAAGAGGAUGGCACAACAGUCGGAGGAGCAGCCCAAAGACGGGGAGACGGCACCUCAGUAUCGAGACCGCGCGAAGGAGCGGAGAGUCGUGUUCAACCAGCCCUCGAAACCCAAACCUCUCCAGAACAACAAGCCUACACGCAAAGACGAUAAACCGGCCCGUCCUCCGGCCGAGAAGACCCCGCCUCCGCAGCCUUCCAAGGGUGCAGGCAUGCUGGCCAAGAUGGGCUGGAACACAGGACAAGGCCUGGGUGCGAAUGGCGAUGGCCGCACCGAGGUGAUCGCCACGCACGCGUACCAGGAAGGCGUUGGUCUGGGUGCGGAUGGCGGAAAUCUGGGCGACGCGGCGCAGUUGGCGCAGCGAAACACGAAGAACAGCUAUGCCGAGUACGUGAACUCGGUACAAGACAGAGCCAGGGAGAGAUACAACAAGAUGAACUAG